AUGGCAAUGCUGGAAUCCCCAGCUGAUCAGAAUGCCGCUUUAAUCAAUAACAUGCUUGCCAUAGCAGGCGCUCUGCUAUUCACGCUAUGUGCUGUGGCCCAGCACUCCGUCAAAAGCUCAUAUAUCCCAAAAGGCUGCCGCAUUCUCGGACUCCUAACAAGCCAAAGUAAUCUGCACGAUGAAUUCCACCCUGAGUACAACCAGGGUGUCCCUGAAAACAGCAUAGACGAGCAAGGGCGUCCAGCAUGGCGCGUGAAAGCGCUCUUUACAUACCCGCUUAAGAGCUGCGCAGGGGUUGAGCUGAAUGAAGCCGAUGUCGUCGCCACAGGCUUUGCCUUUGAUAGGCAAUUCUGCUUUGCGGAGGCGGAGCCUUGCAAGGAUCCCAAAGAUGGGUCGACUUGGGUAGCGCGUACCCUUCGCAAUCGCGGCUUUAGCAGACUUGCUCUCGUCCGUCCGGAGAUUUGGAUUCCUGAUCCGGCUAUUCCAGGGUACAAUCCUGAACUCGAAGAGGUUAAAUCACGCGGUGUUAUGGUGAUAUACUACCCCCGUGUUGGCCGCAACUUUCUGCACUCGGCCAUGAUCAAAGCCGGCAUCUACUUCAACAUCAUCCCAAGGGAAACCUUAUUCACAGUUCCCCUUCAUCCUCCCCCCAGUCCAGACAAACAGCGCAAUUUCCCACUAACCCCUGUCAAAAUCUGGAAAGAUAACCCCUUGGCCUACAACUACGGCCACUUCAUCCCACCCUCCUUCCUCCACUUCCUCAUCCCGCAUGAACCAAGUCAGAGUCACAACCGACAUAUAACCCUGUUCCGUGUAAACCCAUCCCACACCAGGGAAAUCUACCGCAACGCCCCUCGCAAACAGGAUCUUGGUUUCCAGCCUACGACCGGCUUCGCAGACGCGUACCCAAUUCACCUCCUUGGUCUUGCCAGUGUAAGAGACGUUAAUUUGCACUGCGUGGAUGACAUCCAGCAUCUGAGCAGUCGGCGCUUCAGAGCGAAUGUUAUCAUCCAGGGUCCUGGGGCGUUUGUGGAGGAUGACUGGAAGGUUAUUCGUAUCUCGCCUCCAUCAUUAGCAGCAGCGUCAUCAUCACCGUUAUCCGCUCCUACUGCAAACAUAGUUGCAGGAGAUGAUGCUUCGGGAACCAAGACCAGCGGACCAAACCAUUCUGCAUCGGGAUUGGUGAUAUACACGGCCUGCCGCACAAUCCGGUGCAAACUCCCCAAUGUCGACCCGGACACUGGGAUUCGACACCCCCGGGAACCGGAUCGGACAUUGAAGAGCUAUAGACGCAUCGAUAAGGGCGAUUUGACAAAUGCUUGUUUGGGAAUGCAAGGGGUUCCGGCUGUACAGGAAUCCCGAAUUCGGGUUGGAGAUGCGGUGUCUGUCCUGGAGACGGGCGAGCAUUGUUAUAUUAAGAUGUUGAAACCAGGCGAGAAUGUGGAGGGGGUUUAA